AUGGACCACUGUUUGAAUGACGUCACUGCCUACCAGAACCAUGAAAGAGCGGCUCGCACGAUUCAGAGAUUUUACCGUGGAUAUCGGACCCGGCGCGAAAUUCGAGGCUUCAGUGUCGCCGCAUCUACACGAGGGCUGGAGACCCCCAGGAAUGCACUGAAAGAUCCAUUUGAUGACUAUGACAAGAGCCCCGCGCGCAAGAACUGGCAACGUGCAGUUAGUGUUGUGAUCAAAGCUGGUGGGGACGAUGACGGGAUAGUGGAAUCUGCUGCUCGCGCCCGGGUGACACCCUCGCAAGAAAUCCAGCCGACACGAGCAAGCACCUCAAAACCGAUGGAUUUACAAUAUUUCCUAGAGAUGGUCGAUGUGAAGCACCGACAUGGGAGCAAUUUACGGGCUUAUCACAACGUGUGGAAGAAUUCCCCUUCAAACCAAAACUUCUUCUAUUGGCUAGAUUACGGUGAAGGGAAAGACGUGGAUCUGGAUUAUCGUCCACGAGAGCGGCUCGAGAAGCAGCAAGUUCGAUAUCUCUCGCCUGAAGAGCGUCUAAAUUACAUGGUCAAGGUGGAUGACAAGGGCUUGUUCAGAUGGGUGAAGAACAACGAGUUGGUGGAGACCGAUAACAAACGUUUCAAGGAUAGUAUUCAUGGCGUAGUGCAUAUUGAAGAUCGCACGCCCAGGUUUCGAGGGAACUCGAAUUCAGAGACCUCAUCCGAGCCUGAGUUGAGCUCGUCAUCUUCGUCUCCUCCACAAACGCCUUCAAAUGAAGAGAGCCACGAAGAGAGCCACGAAGGGAGCCACGAAGAGGUCCAAUUCUCGACACAUCAAGAUUAUGAACUAGGCAAAGCAGUCAAGAAGUUCUCUCAGAUUAAGCCAGAGGCAAUAUACGAUCAUUUCGCUGGCACUUUCUCGAAAAGAGAUGGAAUGUGGAUCUUUGUCGCAGACACGUCAUUUCGUAUCUAUAUCGGAAUCAAGGAGCCUGGUGCCUUUCAGCACUCUUCAUUUCUGCGGGGUGGCCGGAUUGCUGCAGCUGGAAUGCUGAAAAUCCGUCACGGACAGCUUAAAAGCUUGGCUCCACUGAGUGGUCACUAUCGACCACACCUCGCCAACUUCCGAGCUUUUCACCAUUCUCUGCAGGAGAGAGGUGUGGAUCUAUCACGGGUGUCUAUUAGCAAAUCGUACGCCGUUCUUGCGGGGAUCGAGGGUUAUGCUUUGACAAAGAAGAAAAUGCAGUCGGUGCAAGAAAAACUAGGCGAAGCGAAGGAAAAGUUUCAUCUGCCGCGCCAACAUGAAGAAAAAGGUCAAAUUAUCAAAGAUGCGAAAUGA